CCCUUUUCCUUUUAUACCCAGAUCGGGCUCUGUUCAAGGUCUUAGGCUUCAGUUCACGACCGCGUUGAUAAGUUCAAGGUCUUAGACCUCAGUUCACGGUCGCGUUAAUCAGUUCAAGGUCUUAGACCUCAGUUCAUGACCAUGAACAUCAAAACGGGUCAUUGAACACAGUGAGUUGAACUAAAACGCAUCACUUCACUUCUGGGGUUCACGGUUUGUGGUUCCAGUUCACGGUCUUAGUGACCGCGAACUGCCUUGGCGUCAGUUACCUCAAAAACCCCUCUAGAAGCUUCGUGAUUCACGGUCCUAGCGACCGUAAACUCCAAUGAUGGACCGUGAACAUCGGCUGAAUCCUCCUCUUUGCCCGGUCAUGGCUCCCUUUCUUCCAACUUUCGACUCCGGGGUUGGUUUCACAGGUAAGACUCUGAAACACAUUGAAACACAAGAAACCUAACGUAAAACCACCCCUUUUUGGAGCUCAAUUGCCACAAACGUCAAAAAGAAACGGAGAUAAAAUGUGUACAAUUAGGCCCAAAUCACUGGAUAUAGAAGAGAGGCGGAUGAGUCAGAAGCUUUAGGAGAGAAAAUGAUGGAGAAAGAUUCUAAGAGGGGAAGAUUCUUGUGGUCCUUGUCACCCCUUCAGCCUUCUCUCAAUAUUCUUUUUUUUUUAAUUUUUUAAAAAUAAGAAUGACGUGUUUCGAUUAAAAAAGUAAAUGAUGUGUACGAGCCUAAUUAGCACAGACGCGGCACAGUAUGCUGCGUCAUUGAAGGAGAAAAUAGUUGAUGUCAAUUUUGACGGUCAAUUCAAAUUAUAGGUCAAAUUUGUCCAUUAUUUUGAAAAGUUAGCCAAAACAGUAUUACUUAAAAAUUUGGACCAAAACUGUCACUUACACCAAACGUCGGAUCAAAUUAGAAUAUUAAUAUUUUUUUUAGUAUUCAUAUAUAUUUACAUUUUAGAGAUAAAUUACUACGGGAAUGGAUCAGUUGAGUAACCUUAUGGUGAGUAACCAUGAGUAACUUGUCCACAUCAGCAUGACAUCAACAUUCUCUUUCUCAUGGAAAGCCUUUAAUUUUCCCCUCUUUAUACUUUGACAAAUGAUUUCUCACUCGUUUUAAGUCGAAAUUUAAUUUUUUUUCACAGUUAGAUCAGAUUAAUUGUGUUUUUCAAAAUGAUAUCCACUUUGAUAUAUUUUUCGGAAAAAAAUCGGGCCAUUUUUUACCAGUCUAUACCAUAUGGUAUUGAGUGGUAUUGAAAUAAGAGCAUACCUAUGGUUUGAAAAGCGUACCAUGGUGGUAUGAACAAACCAAGAUUGUAGGAUGGUUGAAUACAUGAUAGUAGAAGUAUAUUAAUUGUCAUUUACGACUUUUAACAUUGUAUACGACAAGAUACCACCCCGUACCAGGGUGGUAUUGUGUGGUAUUUUUUGGACCUGUAAUUUGUUCACCCAGAAAUUUGUAGAUCCAAUAGAUCAUGAUGAACUCGUCCCUUCUAUGCUAACGUUUUCAAAAACGAAUUAAAAACGAAGAAUAUACCAUAUGGUAUGCAGUUGGUAUUGAGAGGCCAUAAUUUUUUUUCUCUAAAAAUAUAAAAAAUUGAUCUCAUUUUGUAGAGCACGAUGAACUCGUUCCAUCUGUGCAAAAAAAAUUAAAAUCCGAGUUAAAACAAAAAAGAUAUGAGUCAAUUAAGAAAGUUAGGGAAAAUAAAAAUAAUCUUUAAUUCUCCAUCAUUAGAUCUGAAUUUUCUAAAUGAAGGGUACCAAGGUUGUCAAACCGGUUUAUACCGGUGUGCCGGUUUUGAAAGUGGAAUGGUCCGACCGUGGUACAACCAGUAUUCACGCCGGUUGUGCCGGUUUUAGUAAAUUAUAUGAGACAAAUGGAAAUCCUCAAUUCCAAAUAAAUUAGUCAUCAUAAAGCAAUUAGAAAAAUUAUUUCACACAAAAUAAUUUAUAGCUAAGAAUUGGUAACUAAUACUAAACAAUUAGAUGCUUAAAAAUAAAAGUAUAUAAAAUGAAUUUUAUUAAUGUUUAUAAUGAUUUGUGUAAAAUUAAGUAUUAGAUAUAUAAUAUAUAAGGUUAAUGUACAUCAAAGUUGCUUGUAGCCUACUGGUGUAUAAUUGAGACUAAAAUAAACAUGAGGUACUUGGUUCAAAUCCUAAGGAAGGUGUUUAUUUUUUGAUAAAAUAUGUGUACAUUGAAUUCCGGUUUCUGGUCUAACCGGCCGGAAUUUCCGGAAUUGACCGGAUCUGACCACAGUUAAAUACGGGCCUCUUUCCAGCCGGUUUGGUGACCGGUACCAGUUGUACCCGAUUGAACCGGCCGGCAUGAAACCAAUUUGACAACCAUGAAGGGUACAGAUUUGGUUAUUGAUGAGUGUCAAUUACUACAAGAUAAUUACUACAAGGUAUGCACCUUAUCUUGAGCCAAUUACUACAAGGUAUCAGCUGUCAAACUUUGCACUCAUUCUCUCUAAUAUAGGUAUUUUAUAUUGUAUACAAAUCGGGCUAAAUCGAGUUAAACCGAUCCGACCGUUAAUUCUUCACACCCACUUGAUUGACCGGGCCGCUAUACCGGGUUGACAGAGCCGGAAGGAGCCGCCGGCCGCCCUCUCUAUUUGUAACUUCUGCUUGCUUACGUGAAGGAAUAAGCGCAUCACCUCUUUUCUUCUCCUCCGUAUUCUUCUCCAGCUGUGGAGAAUUGUGAAAAUGUGGUGGUUUCCCGUUUGCAUCUUACUUUCUCCUCGAUCCGAUCCACAAUUCGCGCGCUGAUUCUAAUUCGUCGUCGCUGCGCAACUCGUUCUGCGCCGCCUUCUGUGAGCAACUGAACUCUCUCUCCCGCCCACUGAUUUCCUUGUUCGUUCAUUUCCUUGUCUUUGGAAUUUCUCUCGAUCUGCUUCGUUAAUUUCCCCGCUUCCGGGGGAUUAGUCUCAGUCAUGUUUUAUGGUUCAAUUGUAUGGGAUCCAUGGCUAAUUGUCGCCCAGAUCGUGUGCCUUCAAUGCCUCUACUAUCUCACCGUCGGACUCUUCCUCUCCAUUCUCGUUGGGACCCGCGUUUCUCGACUCAGUCUCGUCUAUUUCUUUGAUUUCGUCACCGUCACCGCGUCUUCCGUCACUGGAUGGUGCGUUAUCGCCUCCUUCUUGCUCAGCUCCCUCGCCGGGUAAGCAUUUUUCACACGGCAGCCUACUGAUAGUAUAAUGCUUUUUAUUGGGUGCUAUUGAACCACAUAGUUGUCUUCGUAGAGGAUGGAUGCUCUACUUGUGUAUCUGUUCUGGAAUUUUGUCCCGAGUGUAUUUGCUAAUUAGGAGUUUUAAUGGUCUGAUCAUUCUACUGCCCAACAAGGCGUGCAAAUCAUUUGGGCUAGCUGUUACUAUGUAAUUGGUUUAGUAUUCCCGGAUCCUUUGAACUUUGGAUGGCUUGGUGAUUGGUUUUGACUUCAGUGGGUAGUGUGUGAAUGUGGUCUUUACGCUGGUUGUCAAGUUCAUGACUUUUUACUUAUUUCUUAUUUGUCGAGACUGGAGAGUAGAUAUCAGCAGGGAGAAAGGAAGUCAUGGAAGAUUAUGAAGCAUUGAUGCCUUAUCCUUUGUGGUAGUGAACAUCUUUUUUGAUAAGAUGGUAGUGAACAUUUUCACUUUAAUGUAAUGGCGAAAUCUGGAUUCUUGGCACAGUAUCCUUCAUUUGGUAAUCGAUGGGGAUGUGUGGUUCCUACUCUUGGCUUGUUUUCUUUACUAGGUAUUUAGGUCAUACGAAUCCUAGGAUUCGUUUGAAUACUUGGUUAUGGUAUGCAUUCAUGUGGGUAAGAGUUAUGAAUUACAUUUCAUCGACUUUGAUUUAUCAUUUUCAACUGUUUUCACAUGCCUCUGUCCGUCUAAAGUGGCAUCCAGGCCUUAGGCUGAUCUUGGCUGGACUUUGUAUGACUUUGAUGGGAAGCUGCAAUGAGCACCAAAUUGCUUAUGUUUGAAAAUUGCCGAGUUGGCAUACUUUAAGAUUAAAUACACAAUACUAACGGUGACAAUUUUUAUUGGGUUGUUGCAUAGAACAGGUCGUCUGCAUUUUUAUGUUGCAUAGAGGAUUUAUAGAUGGAUUGAACCUAAUAUUUCUGCCUUUUACAUACUAGACUAAUGGAAUGUGACGUUCCCUUUUCUUAUUCACUUGCCGUUUGGGUCUGCUACACUGUAUUCUUGGAUUCACAGUAACUUUGUGACAGUGUUCUUCUUUGAAAUUGUCACAUGUUGUUGUUACAUGCCAUGGUUUGUAGCUUAUGUAUCAUGAAUUGCUUAUAUGAUAUACGAGUAAGAGACAGAAGGAAAUAAAAGCUCUACACAUUUCAUUUGUGGUUUUGCUUAUAUUUGUUUUUCUAUGCAGAGCUGGAUUUAUGCUUUAUUUGAUUGAGAGGGCAAAGAAGUGCUUAGACUUUUCCGCAACCAUCUACAUCAUCCAUCUCUUUAUAUGCUUGACAUAUGGGGGAUGGCCUUCUUCUCUUACGUGGUGGGUUGUGAACCUUACUGGACUUGCAGUGAUGGCAUUGCUAGGUGAAUACCUUUGCAUUAGGCGUGAACUACGAGAGAUACCUAUUACCCGAUAUCAUCGACCAAGUAAGUGCUUGCUUCUUUCAACAUAAGCUUGAUCAAUCGAAUACUAGAAAAUUUAUUGUUGUCCAAUUCUUGAGUCCCCAAGUUAAUAGGAGGUUAGUAUUUCUUGAUCUGGGUUGUGUGGACUCUGCCUUUUGGGAAAAUCAGAAAAUUUGUUCCUCUAAUUUCUAUAAUUCUUAGCCCUUGACUGCUAGGAAUUAACUGUUUUGAUGGAUGAGCGACUCAUGUCCACUUGUAUGUACUUUGCCCAUGUUUCAUCUGGAUUCAUGAUAUAUGAAUGUGUCUUACAUUUAGCUCGAGAAACAUGCUAGUGUUGCUGUUUGGCCUCUUACCGCUUCUUUCUUUUCUGAGUUUUGAUGCUACGUGCUUAUCUCUUUUUAUUCAUAUAUCUUGCUCAAAAUUUUCCAGAAUUGUGAUGAACUAAACUGAAUGAAGUAGAUGAAAAAUUGGUGAAAAUGAAGUCUUUGCUCCCUUUCUAUUUGUUGUUUAGUUCUGUUUGACUUCAUUUCUUCUUGUCUCUUGUUUAUUUGUUUGUUUUUAUUGAAUGCCUCGAAGCUGAUGUAUAUUGCCAUGUUCAGAUGUUCCUAUGCUCUUAGGUCAAGAUGCAUGUUGCAUUUCAAAUGUCCCUGACCUUUUGCAACAAUGAACUCCAAUCUACUACAAGAAAGAGCAUUGAUCGAACGUUGUUGCUUGGAUUAUUCAUAUUGCGUUUAUCUGUUUGCCUGAGCUGAUAUAUUUAAUAUUUGUGGUAAUAAUCUCAAAUUCUCUCCUGCAGAUGUUUGACGUAUGUAGACAGCCUUCCCGACUAUAGAUCCCAUUCCUUCUUCAGAACUCAACAUUGGGGAUAGACAGACAUUCACGAGCUUGUGAGGAGCUCCUGCUUCCUGCUAUUGAGAGGUCCGAAGUGGCAAUAGGAAGAAGUAACUUUUAGCCAAUAUAGGAUCCUUCUUUAUCUUAUUGUGCCCGAAAGAAGUAACAGAGGAAUGGCCACUCCACAUUUGGGGUUGGUUCUUAACGAGUGGGAAAGGGAGCUCUGAGAAUAGGUAUGCAUUUUGUUUCGGUGAAUAUGAAUGUAAAGCUUUAGUUGAUCUCUACAUAAUAUCAUUCGGUCAUUUGUGUGUGGUAUACUGGUAUUGCUAUUUGUUGCUAUAUCUGUUUGGCAAUAGGCUGUUUUGGCCCUUUACCCGCUGGGAAUGGAAAUAAGAAAACGGAUGGCCUCUGUUUCAGCCACCUGGGUAAUGGAUCAAAGAACAAUGGUCUCUACUUAGAUUCUCAUCUGAAUAAUCUAACUUGUUAAAGAGACUAGUAGGAUGACAACACAAAUGGGUGUUGUUAGUGUGACAAUACUACUGUCCAACCAAUGAGAAGUUAGGAUUAUGAUUGACAAUAUUACGUUUAAACAACCAAAAAAAAAAAUUAAUAGUGAAAAAAUAUUUAUUUUGUCAUAAUGUUUCGGAUGUUAGAAUCCGGUCGCCUGUCAAAGGAAUCCAGUCGUCAGGAUAUACGUAACGUUGUCGGAAGCCGUUCACCGUGAUUGGAAUAUGCUAAUCGUCGUCGCAAUUCGAUCAACGUGGUUGAAAUAUGCUUACCACAUCAGAAUCUAGUCAUGGUCGGAAUAUGCUUAUCAGUGUCAGAAUUCGGUCACCGACAGCCGUCGGAGUUUGGUCAAUUGUCUUCGACGACCGAUCAACGAUUACCAUAUAUUGUGGUAUGCAUUGUGAGAUUAAUGGUUUGUUUUACAUGUUUUUGGUAUGCUUUUUGUGGUAUGCUUUAUCAUGUUUGUAGUUUGCAUUAAAAAGUCUUUGGUGUGUGAUAACACCUAAAUUAGUGUUAUUUAACCUUCAUAUCAAGGUUUGUUUUGUGCCAAUUCAUGUGCAUAAUUGCUUGAACAUCGUCGAUUACAUCCAUAUUUCGUUCCUAUUUGAAUUCGAUGUGAUUUUAGGGUGUAAUAGACGAUAUGCGAAUUAGGUACAAAACAAGGUCACAAGUGUCGCAAGGGGGCAAGAAGUUGAAGAUCGUGGCCUGGAAGCUGAAGAUCAUGGCCGGGAACAUAGACCGUGAACUCAAGCUGAAGAUCGCGUCCCGAAAGCCCCAGAUCGCGGCCGCGAAUUAGAGAGCUCAAGGCGCGAACUUCGCGAGGAGGGAGCCAGGGAGAAACAUUGACUUUCCCAAUCGAAUCACAACCACAAUAUUAUUUGACCGCGAGGAAGAUAGCGGUCGCGACUCAUGGAUCGCGACCGCGAAGUCAGCCCGCGAUCUCCUCAUUUCUGAAGGUCAGGACGACGACGUUUCAAGAUCACGACCGCGAUCUCUGUGUUUCUGGCCGCGAACUUCUCCAUCCCCAGAUUGCCUAUAAAUAGAAGAUUACUUUCCCACUUUUAGAAGAGCUGAUUUUGAGAGAAAUUUUUGUUUUUAUAGAGAGAGGAGAUGAAUGAAGGAGAAUGAGCUAGAAGAGAGGGAGCAUCUUCCUCAACCCAAGUCUUCUUCAAUUUCUUCUAUGUUUCUUCUUCCUUUCUUUAUGGAGUAGUCCUCUAAGGUACUAGAGGUUCUAAACCCGAAACAUUAUUUUUUUAUGGUUUAUUAUGUAUGUAUGUAUGUAUGUAUGAAUAUUUUAGGGUUUGAAUGAAUGAAUAUGUUUAUCUAGUUGAUUCUAGGCAAAAUACAGCUGUAUAUCCACAACUAUCAGGUUUGUGACAAAUAUAUCCAUAAUUAUCGAAAUACACGAAAUAUCCAUCCAUUCCGUUAACUCCGUCAGUUAACUUGAUGACUAGACAGACGGUGGAUUCUUAGUUGGCAUGCUUCUGGCCCCACUAAAUGACGUGGAUUAAAAGAGAAAAAAAAUUAGGCAAAAUACAGUUGUAUAUCCACAACUAUCAGGUUUGUGACAAAUAAAUCCACGACUAUCGAAAUACACAAAAUAUACAAAAAUCGGAAGGUUGUGUAACAAAUCUAUCCACUUUCGUCUGAAACUAUAACGGCAUGUCAGACGACGUUAAAUUGACUAACAAAAUGCUGAAUCAAUGCCAUCUCACAUGCAAUAAGCCAAAAAGCAACCAAACUUUACACCGUUAUUUGUUAGACCUCGAUGCUGCAGUCUUCUCUGUUGGCGAUUUGGUUAGAUUCAAACUUGGUAUCACCAUGGCACCGACUGCAUGGAAGCCGUCGGAGUAAAAGGGAGGCAAUGGUUGGGGAUUGUGGUUGGAAUCAAAAUUUGGGCUUGGGAUAGGGUUAUUUGGGGGUGGAGGCGUCGAUCGGAGGAAAUCAGUGGUUAUCGGGCGUGUUUCAAGGUUGAAUUUUUAGUCUCGCUGUCUGUGGAUUUUAGGGUUUUUAAUUUUUUUUCUUCUUUUAAUCCACGUCAUUCAGUGGGGUCAGAAACACGUCAACUAAGUAUCCACCGUUUGUCCAGUCAUCAAGUUAACUGACGGAGUUAACGGAGUGGACGAAAAUGGAUAUUUCGUGUAUUUCGAUAGUUGUAGAUAUAUUUGUCACAAAUCUGAUAGUGGUGGAUAUGUUUGUCACAAACCUGAUAGUUGUGGAUAUACAGCUGUAUUUUGCCUUUAUUCUACUAGCCUAUUUGGCAUCUACGUGUAAAGUUUGGUUGCUUUUUGGCUUAUGUGUCAGGUGAGCUGGCAUCGAUUCAGCAUUCCGUUAGUCAAUUUAACGCCGUCUGACAUGCCGUUAUAGUUUCAGACGGAAGUGGAUAGAUUUGUCACACAACCUUUCGAUUUUUGGAUAUUUCGUGUAUUUCGAUAGUUGUGGAUAUAUUUGUCACAAACCUGAUAAUUGUGGAUAUACAGCUGUAUUUUGCCUUGAUUCUAUUGUUAUUCUAUCCUUGAUUGUGUUUGGGUAAGUCGCCCUAAUCUUCUUUAUUAGCCUACUUUAUGGUUCUACGCUAGGUAUGGAGUUCUAGGGUUAGACGGGUAUGCGCCAUCAAGCAAAUCGAGAUAGAUGUAUGAAUAUGGACCUAUGGUGGUUGAGGAUGAAGGCUGAGCACUCCUAGCCUAGGGUGAUAUUGGCGAGGUCUUCGAACUUUGGCUUCUUGGAGAGAAGCCCCUUGAGGUAUUUCGAAUACUGUGGCAUGUGGGCCAUUGCUUCAAGGAAGGGAAUGUUGAGGUGGAGUUUCCUCAGCUUCUCCAUGAAACCUCCACAUUCCGCUUCCAAUCUUUCCUUGUGCACCCUCGUAGAAAAAGGUAGGGUUCCCCCCCCCCCCCCCCGCGCUUAUCUUUAAGCUCAAUCCCCUUUAUAUACCCAGAUCGAUGGCGUUUCACGGUCCCAGUUCACGGCUAUGAACAUUUGGCCUUAGCCGUGAUGUUGAGCAAAAACGUGCUGUUUCAUUAAGGUGCUUCACGGUAUGGAGCUGGUCUGCACGAUCAUGUGAUCGUGAACUGCUUUAUGCCCUCAAGAUGGACAAACCCUUUUUGGACUCUUCGCUCUUCACAACCCACGCCUCUUCUUCACGGUCCGGAUGGCCGUGAAACUCUGUCUCUUCACAGCCCAUCAUGUACUACUGUUGUUGCUCCCCUUUGACCAGUUUCUGCCCUUUUUUGUCCAACUUUCGUUCCAUGGGUUGAUUUCAUCUGCUAGGAUUUGAAACAUACCAUAAACACCCAAAACCAAGCGUAAAACCGAACCUCACAUAGUAAAAGUACCUCAAACAUAAAAGGAAAAUGGGGUAAAAAGUGUACAAAUAGACCCGAGCAAACCAAUUCCAUUCAAGGUAAAAGCUCAACCUAACAAGAUAACUUGGGAACAUAUCAAAUGGCUCAAAGAGGGUGAAUCUCUAUGGCUAUUGGGUAUCAACACAUGAACCAUUACAAGCAAUACCAACAUCACAAACGACAUUCGAAUGCAUUAAGAAUGUGCAAACGCAAAUUUCUCACCUUGUUCACCAAUCAAUACAAGUCUCGACAAGACUACUCAACAACCGCAACUAACCAUGCAUAGAGUUCAAGUCCGAGGAACAAAUGAAUGGUCGAAAUAGGU